GAAAAGUAGUAUAUCCUAGAACGGCUGAUUUUGACAGGUUACUCUGGUCUCUACGCAUUUUUUUUUGUUUUUACCAAAUAAAUCCUAAAAACUACCAAUAUGAAGUAAAAUUGUGAGUCCCAGUGAUAGAUUUUUAUAUAGGAAAGCAUACUUCUGCAGGCAUCACAUUAUCAAAGCUCCAGAUACAGCCACAAUGAAACGAACAAGAGUAAGAAAUACCCCAAAUUCCGGGGAUUACGAGCCUCUGCAGCAAGAAUCUGACCACUACCCGAUGCGUCGGGUACGCUCACCACAGAUUGCAACACUGGAAGCCCAGGUUCAGGAGAAUGAUACUCUCCAGGCAAUUGCGUUGCGCUUCAAUUGUCCACUGUCUGAAUUGAAACGAUUGAAUAAGAUCGAGCGGGAUAAUGAGAUAUUUGCAAGAAGUGUUAUCAGAAUACCCCUGACUCCCCACAGUGUCCUCCUGGAGACACUUCCGGGAGUACAUAAGAGCGGUGCGUCGAGUCCAACGAAGGACAAGGAGGAACCAGAAAGUCUGGCAAAUGGUGAAUUAAAUGAAAAGUUAAUAAUAGCUUCAGUAAGCAAUUCUGAAUGCUCGAAAACGUCCACGUCAAUUAACGACAUAAUCCUCAGUACCAAAUUAAGUACCAACGAGUAUCGAGAUGAGGAAUUGGUUUGUGAUCCACUGAGCGUAGACGAGAGGGAUGUGGGUCAACCUCUUCUCAGUGGAGAGAUCGAUGACACAAUUCCCCAGCCAAGAAUCAUCCCUGUCCGUCACAGAGUGGAUUUAAACUGCAAUGGGGCUGACUGUGAUAUCUCCUGGGUGUGUCUAUUCAUUUGUAUUCUGCUCCUAUCCUUUGCCAUCCCUCUCAUCUAUAUAUUUCGUCAGAAAAUCUUCAUCAAGGCAGAACACGAGCACUAGCAUCAAUCUCAAGCUGUUCCUGCACGAAAACACUCCAAAUUGGCCAAAUUAUAAAGGCAUUGAAGAGUAUUUGCGAGUGAAAUGGAUAGUAAUACAAUGUAAAUAAGUGCCUCAAGAUCGCAUUGAAAGUUUAAUAAACUGUUUUACAGUCCCGGGAGCUGGUGAAUUCCCUAACUAAAUUAUGUUGAAGAGUGCAUUGAUUUGUAUUUUAUUGAGACAAAAUAAUGAAAAUAAUUUAUUUUAUUCAGAA